ACACCGGUGGAACACAUCAAGCGAUUUGUGGACGCGUAUGUGGUUUUGCUUAAGAAAAAGUUUAGGGAUCAUUUGCCAAAACUGAUUACAUUAGAGCUGAUGGACGCCACCAAAGACUUCAUCACAAUGUCGUUGAGAGUCUGCAUCCGAGACCACAUCCACACCAUUGACGACAUCUGUGGUGAGGAUCCGGACGAAGACCUGAGAAAUGAUUUGCAGAAUCGACUCAAACAUUACUCCGAAGCCAUCGACAUAUUGAACGUCUAUCGGGAGGACUGGAGUGUCUGAGCCUACGGGCUAUACAAAACACAAUUUAUUAUUAUUUUUGAAUAAGUUUUAUAUUAUAUAAAAAUAUUUAUGAAUUAAUUUGUCGACUGAUUAUUUAUAAUAAUCUAUAAAAAACGCAUGCUUGUCCUUUCAGAUGCCUUUCCACUG